AUGGCUCCGUCGCCCAUCGCCAUUCCUCCGCGAGGCCCUGCCGCCUUGCUCUCCGCAAGGGGGACGCACAUGGCCACCACCGCCCUCCGCGUCGGCGGCAUGACCUGCGGCGCGUGCACGUCGGCCGUUGAAGCAGGCUUCAAGGGCGUCAACGGCGUCGGCAACGUCUCGGUCAGCCUCGUCAUGGAGCGCGCCGUCGUCAUGCACAACCCCGACAUCAUCUCCGCCGAGCAGGUCUGCGAGAUCAUCGAAGACCGUGGCUUUGAGGCUCAGGUCCUCGCCACCGACCUCCUGAGCCCCGCCGUCAUCCGAUUCCAGCCCGCCGAAGACGAGGGCCCGGCUCUCGCGACCACCACCGUCGCCAUCGAAGGUAUGACCUGCGGCGCCUGCACCUCGGCCGUCGAAGGUGGCUUCAAAGAUGUGCCGGGCCUCAAGCACUUCAGCAUCUCGCUACUCUCCGAGCGCGCCGUCAUCGAGCACGAUCCGGCCCUUCUGACGCCAGAGCGAAUUGCCGAAAUCAUAGAGGACAGGGGCUUCGGCGCCGAGAUUGUCGACACGGCCAGAUCAUUAGCCAUUGCACGCGAUGUCAAGAGCCCGGCGCCUCCCAGCAAUGUCGCCACGACUACGGUGGCCAUUGAGGGCAUGACAUGUGGAGCGUGCACGUCGGCCGUUGAAGGUGGCUUCAAGGGCGUCGACGGCGUGCUUAAAUUCAACAUAAGCUUGCUGGCGGAGCGCGCCGUCAUCACCCACGACGUCACCAAACUCUCGGCCGACCAAAUCGCCCAGACAAUCGAGGACCGAGGCUUCGACGCCUCCGUCCUGUCGACUAUCAUUGACGCCGGCGACCACAACGCAUCCUCGUCGACGGCGCAGCUCAAGAUCUACGGCAGCCCGGACGCCGCUAGCGCCAAGGCCCUCGAGGAGACGCUCAGGGCUCUGCCUGGUGUCACGUCUGUCUCCCUGAGCCUGGCGACGGACCGCCUCACCGUCUCCCACCAGCCCUCCGUCAUCGGCCUACGCGCCAUCGUUGAGGCCGUCGAGGCCCGGGGCCUCGAUGCCCUCGUCGCCGACAGCCAGGAUAACAACGCGCAGCUCGAGUCGCUGGCCAAGACCCGCGAGAUCACCGAGUGGCGCACCGCCUUUAAGACGUCGCUCUCGUUUGCCCUGCCCGUCUUCAUCAUCGGCAUGAUCUUGCCCAUGGCCAUUCCGGCGCUCGACUUUGGCAAUGUCGCCCUGAUUCCUGGCCUGUACCUCGGCGACGUCAUAUGCCUGAUGCUCACCGUGCCCGUCCAGUUUGGCAUCGGCCGCCGCUUCUACGUUUCGGCAUACAAGUCGGUCAAGCACGGCUCUCCGACCAUGGACGUCCUCGUCAUCCUCGGUACCUCGUGCGCCUUCUUCUUCAGCGUCUUCGCCAUGCUCGUCUCGCUGCUCGUGCCCCCCCACACCAGGCCCAGCACCAUAUUCGACACGAGCACGAUGCUCAUCACCUUUAUCACGCUUGGUCGGUACAUGGAAAAUCGGGCCAAGGGCCAGACCUCCAAGGCGCUGUCUCGUCUCAUGUCGCUCGCCCCGUCCAUGGCAACCAUCUACACGGACCCUAUCGCCGUCGAAAAGGCCGCCGAGGACUGGGUCAGGUCUCCACAGAUCCCCAAGACGCCGCUGACGCCGUUGCGGGCACCCGAGUCCGCGGGAGCGGCCUACGAAGAAAGGCUCGUCCCCACCGAGCUGCUGCAGGUCGGCGACAUCGUCAUCAUCCGGCCUGGCGAUAAGAUUCCCGCCGACGGCAACCUAGUCCGGGGCGAGACGUACGUGGAUGAGAGCAUGGUCACUGGAGAGGCCAUGCCGGCGCAGAAGCGUGUCGGCGACAGCAUGAUUGGCGGCACCGUCAACGGAACCGGCCGCGUCGACUUUCGCGUCACUCGCGCCGGCAGGGACACGCAGCUCAGCCAGAUUGUCAAGCUGGUCCAGGACGCCCAGACCACCCGGGCGCCGAUCCAGCAGCUCGCCGAUACCCUGGCCGGCUACUUUGUCCCCACCAUCAUCGUCCUCGGUCUCAUCACCUUUGUUGCAUGGAUCGUCCUUAGCCACGUGCUGCCGAACCCGCCCAAGAUCUUCCUUCAGGACGCUAGCGGCGGCAAGAUCAUGGUGUGCGUCAAGCUCUGCGUCUCCGUUAUCGUCUUCGCCUGUCCCUGCGCCCUCGGCCUCGCCACGCCCACUGCCGUCAUGGUGGGGACGGGCAUCGGAGCCGAAAACGGCAUCCUGAUCAAGGGAGGCGGCGCUCUCGAGAGGACGACCAAGGUCACCAAGGUGGUCCUGGACAAGACGGGCACCAUCACGCACGGCAAGAUGAGCGUGGCCAAGAUGACAGUCGUGCCUCUGUGGAAAGACAACGAGUGGCGACGACGUCUGUGGUGGUCCAUUGUGGGCCUGGCCGAGAUGGGCAGCGAGCAUCCCGUGGGCAAGGCCAUCCUGGCGGCGGCCAAGGAAGAGCUGGGCGUCGAGUCGGAGGGCGCCAUCGCGGGGAGCGUGGGUGAGUUCAAGGCGACGGUCGGCAAGGGCGUCAAGGUGCUCGUGGAGCCGCACUCGGCAGCGGAGAUUGUGCGUUACAGGGUGCUGGCCGGCAACGUGCGCCACUUGCAGGAGAACGGAGUCGAGAUACCCGACGACGCCAUCGAGGCGUCGGAGGAGCUCAACGCGGCGACGCGCAAGGACCUGUCCAAGACAUCGACGAUGGCUGGGACGACAAACAUCUUUGUCGCCAUCGACGGCAAGUACACGGGGCACCUGUGUCUCGCCGAUACCAUCAAGGACGGCGCGGCGGGCGCCAUCUCGGUGCUGCACCACAUGGGCGUCAAGACGGCCAUGGUGACGGGCGACCAACGCUCGACAGCGCUCGCGGUGGCGGCGGCGGUGGGCAUAGCGGCCGACGACGUGUUUGCCGGCGUCAGCCCCGACCAGAAGCAGAGCAUCAUCAAGAAGGUGCAGUCGCAAGGCGAGGUGGUGGCCAUGGUGGGCGACGGCAUCAACGACUCGCCCGCGCUGGCGACGGCCGACGUGGGCAUCGCCAUGUCGAGCGGCACCGACGUGGCCAUGGAGGCGGCCGACGUGGUGCUGAUGCGGCCGACGGACCUCAUGAGCAUCCCCGCGACGCUGCACCUGACGCGCACCAUCUUCCGGCGCAUCAAGAUGAACCUGGCGUGGGCGUGCAUGUACAACGUGGUGGGGCUGCCCGUGGCCAUGGGCUUCUUCUUGCCGCUCGGCUUCCACAUGCACCCGAUGAUGGCCGGCUUCGCCAUGGCCUGCAGCAGCGUCAGCGUCGUGGUGAGCAGCCUGCUGCUCAAGUUCUGGAAGCGGCCACGCUGGAUGGAUGAGGCCGCGGCGGCCGACGGCGUGUUCCGGGACGGCCGCCCGGCGUGGGCGAGCGGCGGCGGCGGCGGCGGCGGCGGCAUCGUCGGCAACGUGGUGGCGUGGGCGAGGACCGUGGUGCCGCGCCAGGCGAGGCACAAGACGGACGAGGGAUACGUGCCGCUGCAGAACCUAGAUGCCGAGCCGUAA